GCGGAUUUUCACCAUCUCGAUCUGCCCCCCCCCCCCAAGCUCCUACUCUUCCUUGAAGAAUCUUCGCAGUUUCAGAGAUCGGAGGAAGAUGAAGCUGUCCUAAGAAGACCUCAAGGUUGUGUCUUGUAGUGGGAUUUUUAAAACAUGGGGAAGGAAAAUGCAGUCUCUCGUCCUUUCACUCGUGCCCUUGCCUCUGCAUUGCGCGCUUCAGGAGGGACUUCUACUACACAUAAUCAACAGAGAGCAAACACAAAAAGACCAGCCUCGGAGGAUAAUAACAUCACUGAGCCACCCAAUAAGAAGAAGAAGCGGGUGGUACUAGGGGAUAUCUCAAAUGUUGUUGGCUUCAAUGCAGCUAAACUUGAGGCGAAAAACAUCAAGCAGGUAAAGAACGGAUCGGCUGUUACCUCAGAUGUUACUGAUGACACAGAUGAUAACUGUACUGAGAAGUGGAGUCUCAGAUUGCCUCCAAGACCUCUUGAAAGAUCAGCUUCAACAGUUGGGAAAAGUGAUGUUAUUGGUAGUUCAACUGAACUGGAUAUCUCAAAAGUCAUAAACAUUGAUUCUGAGGACAGUGAUCCUUUACUCUGCUGCCUCUAUGCCCCUGAAAUCUACUACAAUUUGCGUGUUUCAGAGCUUAAACGGAGACCGGUUCCAGACUUUAUGGAGAGGACACAGAAGGAUGUCACUCAGUCCAUGCGGGGAAUUCUUGUUGAUUGGCUUGUGGAGGUCUCUGAGGAAUACACGCUUGUUCCUGACACUCUUUACCUCACAGUGUAUCUCAUAGACUGGUUUCUCCAUGGAAACUACUUGGAAAGACAGAGUCUUCAACUCCUCGGCAUCACUUGCAUGCUAAUUGCCUCGAAGUAUGAGGAGAUUACUGCGCCACGCGUUGAAGAGUUCUGCCUCAUGACAGAUAACACUUACACAAGAGACCAGGUCCUGGAAAUGGAGAACCAAGUACUUGCGCAUUUCAGCUUUCAAGUAUACACUCCCACUCCAAAAACGUUCCUAAGGAGGUUUCUCAGAGCAGCGCAAGCCUCUUACAUGAGCCAGCGCCUUGAACUGGAGUUUCUAGCUAGCUACUUAACGGAGUUGACGUUAAUAGACGGUCAUUUCUUGAAGUUUCUUCCUUCUGUCAUAGCUGCUUCAGCUGUUUUUCUUGCCAAAUGGACAUUAGACCAAUCAAACCAUCCAUGGAAUCCAACACUGGAGCACUACACAACGUACAAAGCUUCUGACCUGAAAGCAUCUGUUUAUGCCUUGCAAGAUCUGCAGCUUAACACCAGAGGUUGUCCUUUGAGCUCUAUACGCAUGAAGUAUAGGCAAGAGAAAUUCAAAUCUGUGGCGGUUCUCAUUUCUCCAAAACUACUUGACACACUAUUCUGAAGGAGUAAACCGAACGGUUUAACUCCUAACCGAUGAUGAAUCUGUAAGAUUGAUGGUCCGGUCCGGUUCGUCUUCAUUCAUCUGUUGCUCUUUUUGUUCAUAAAACAGUCCCACUCAUCUAGUACCUGAUUAGAAUCCGGUUUAGGUUGGUUUAGUUUGAUCUGGUGUUUGGUU